GACAGCGUUCGCGGUUGCACGUCCGCCGGCGGCCGGGAGACUGCCAUCUUCUCCAGGCCCCGUGGGACUCGAGACGUCAGCGCCGCGCCCGGGACCCCCAGCGGGCGAGGCAAGGUGGGGAGAGUCGUUGGAUGCGCGCCUCCCGGGACCCCGCCUCCUGCGGCCUGUCCAGGCCCGGCGGCUUGCGGACGGACUGCCAGACCCGCCUGAGUCGGGCUGCCGUUCGCUCCCGUGACCGGGUGACCGGGUGACCGGGUGACGACGGGACGGGUGGCCGCGCCGCCGUGAGUCUCAUUCCUUGGAGGACGUGAACUGCUGUGAGUCUCCGUGAGAGACCCCGAAGCAGGCUUUCUGCGAGCGCACCGCGGUCCGCCAACCUGAUCCGGCCGGGGCGGCGGCGGGGUGUGCGGGGAGCGCCGGGGGGCACAGAGAACCACGGGCUCUGGGCCCAGACACGCGGCAGGGCUCCGAGGCCGCGGCCAGAUGACCGGGUGGCAGCGAGGACCGCAGCCCGGACUAGGCCACACCCGCGGGAGCUCAGAACAAUCUAGAGAGAAGGCUGUGGUUUUUGUAACCUUAGGAGUGUACCCUGAAAGAUAACAGUUGCUCUCCUCUUCUCUGACCGUUGGAGCUGGCAUGGCUCCUCAAGAGCCAGAGGGGCAUAUCAGAGGAAACAACAAAAAAUGUCCUGCCAAGGUUCCGGGAUCUGGCUCACAGUGGAGCAGCCCAAACAACCAGGAGCUCUUCCACCAGCGCUUCCAACAGUUCUGCUACAAGGAGACUCCUGGACCCCGUGAGGCACUAAGCCAGCUCUGGAUGUUCUGUUGUAAGUGGUUAAGGCCUGAGAUCCACACCAAGGAGCAGAUGUUGGACUUGCUGGUGUUGGAGCAGUUCCUGACCAUCCUGCCCAAGGAGCUCCAGGCCUGGGUGUGGGAGCAGCACCCUAAGAGUGGGGAAGAGGCUGUGGCCGUGCUGGAGGACCUGGAGAAGGAAUUGGAUGAACCAGGCCAGAAGGUUUCAACCCAGGCCUGUACAGAGGAAGUGCUUUCUGAGACAUCAGUGCCUCUGGAUCCAGCUAAGGAAGCAACAUUUCUCCAGCCUCAACCCAUGGAGAUCCAACUGAAGGGUAUAUCUCAGGACCCUCAACACCAACAGGAUUGGGAUGAUGUGAUUAGAAUUGAGAAAGGAGAAUUGAUUCAAAAGCAUGAGCUUACUAGAGAGAUGGAGUCUCCAAAAAAGUCAUCUGGCCAAAUCAAUGGAGAGGUCCCUGCAUGUGGAGACAUUCAAGAACAUGAAGGAUGGACAAAAGAUAUGAGACACACUUCAACUGAGAGAAGAUAUAAGUGUGAUGAAUAUGGGAGAAGAUUCACUCAAAACUCAAGCCUCAUCAGACAUAAAAGAAUCCACACUGGAGAAAGACCCUAUUCGUGUAAUGUGUGUGGCAAAACUUUCAUCCAGAGCUCACAACUUAUUGACCAUCAGAGAAUACAUAACCGAUUAAAACCCUAUCAGUGUGAUAAGUGUGGAAAAGCCUUUAUUACAUACAGUUCACACCUUGUUCAGCAUCAGAAGACUCACACUGGAGAAAAACCUUUCCAAUGCAUUGAGUGUGGGAAAGCUUUUCACUACAGUUCAGGCCUUGUUCGACACCAAAGGACCCACACUGGAGAGAAGCCCUACCAGUGCAAUGACUGUGGGAAGGCAUUCUGUCUAAGCUCACAUCUCAUACAGCAUCAGAGAGUCCACACUGGGGAGAAGCCAUACCAGUGCAGUGAGUGUGGGAAAAGCUUCAGCCAGAGCUCAGGCCUCUUCCAUCACCAGAGAAUCCACAGUGGGGAGAAACCCUAUGGGUGUGAGAAGUGUGGGAAGGCCUUCAGCCACAGCUCAGCUCUGGUGGGACACCAGCAAAUCCACAGUGGAGAGAGGCGUCAUGGGUGUGACGUGUGCAGGAAAGCUUUCAGCUACAGUUCGCAUCUUCUGGGCCACCGAAGAAUCCACACUGGAGAGAAGCCCUAUGAGUGUGAUGGAUGUGGGAAAGCUUUCCGGUGGAGUUCACACCUCAUUGUACACCAGGGAAUCCACACUGGGGAGAAGUCCUGAUGAUGCCACUGCAGUUUGCGCAGUCAUUUGAAAAUACUUCUGGAAGCUGAAAUAGAUGAUCACCUGACAGCUUACUAACAAGCACACCGUUCAAGAAACUGCAGUGAUCCGUGAGAUAUGUACUGGGAGGUUGUAGAGAUGGCUGCUGUUUUUUCUCCCCGUUUUCUUUGGAGUUGAGUGAUGAUCUUGUCUGAAGUGUGAAUUUAGACUUAAUAUCUCAUCUACAUUUUUAAAAAUCCUGAAUUUUAGGUUAACUUGAUAAAAGACACCAGCCUAUCAGUUACCUACACUAAAAACACUGUGAAUACAAAAAACACUCCAUAAUUUGGGAUGAACGAUUUGUGUAGAUGGGAAGGUUCAGUAGGGUGGAGCAAGAGGAUAGAUUACACACAUUCCAGUGACUUUUCAUAUCUUCCACCAGAGUUGGCAAAACAGGCCAGUGGGCUGUAUGUGGCCUGCAUGGGCAUUUUUCCCAUGUGGUAUUUUGUUUUCAAUAAUAUAUAAAAUUAUUGCAAUUUUUUUAA